AUGGAAAACGAAUCUAUUGAAUCUUCACCAGAGGAUCAAUAUAUUGCGAAUAUUAAGAGUGUCGCUUCUUUAAUAGCUUCUCAAACUACCAAUUGUAAAUUCACUGCCCAAAAUGCUAAAACAUAUAAGAGUGAUUGUAUAUCUUUUGCGGGACGGUUACAAACCAUUGGUGAAAAAGUUAAAGAAUUUCUAAAUAUAAUAGAAAAAGAGGAUCCAUCGAUUAUUGGAUUGAAGUGGGAUUUAAAAGGAAUUGCUAAUGGAUUGGAAAGUGUUAAAGCCAUUAUAAUGGAUGUUCGUAUGUUCAUACAACAGCAACAACUUCCUGUGCGUCCCAAUGCUGUGCCUAAUCUCGCUGAAGAUUUUAGAAUAAACCGUUUAAUUACUGAUCUUAAUCGACGUCUUGAUAAUUCUAUCGGUUCAAUAUCAGUUGCUUUUUCGCCCAUGAAAAUUCAGAAAGAAUUAUCUAUCGAAGAACAGGAAGAAUUUUUGAAAAAAUUAAAAGAUGAUGUUGAAAGAGAGUUGAAAGUAUUAGAAGAGAAACGAAAAGAAGAUGGAAACAAAGAUCAGGCCACUCGUUGGCUAGAAAUUGCGAUUGAACAACAACACCUAAGGUUUAUUGAUUAUAACCAGAUCUUCAUUGACAAGUUUUUGAUGAAAGGAGGGUUUGGCAUUGUACAUCUUGCUUAUUGGGAUGAUACUCCUGUUGUAUUAAAACAAUUAUUUGACCAAAAAGAUUUCGUUGAUGAAAUCAGGCUACACAAGCGCGUUCAUGAUG